GGCCUCCGAGCCCGCCCUCGCCAGCAACCUCUACAGCACUAUCCUCGCUCACAACUCCCUGGAAAGCACCAUGUCCUUCCUGCUCGCCAACAAGCUGGCCAACCCCACCAUGCUGGGCAUGCAGCUGAUGCGGCUGAUCCAGCAGGCGUACGACGACGACCCCGGCCUCAUGGAGGCGGCGCUGGCGGACCUGCAGGCCGUGUACGACCGCGACCCCGCCUGCGACAAGUACUCGCAGGCCAUGCUGUACUUCAAGGGCUUCCAGGCGGUGCAGUGCCACAGGGUGGCGCACUGGCUUUGGAGCAAGGGGCGGAAG